UUACAGGGGAAUCGAUUAAUCCAGGGUUUCUUACAGGAUGCGAAAUGGAUUUCGUCCAUCCACUUGGUCGCUGCGCACAUGAGGUACGAGACAGAAUGGCAAUUUGCCUUGAGCGCCGUGGACAGGGCUUGGUGCGUCGCCUUGACACCUAGGCUGGGAGGAUUUGUGACGCCGAGGGUCGUGGCCUUCUACCACCAUUAUUUGGCGUCCGUGUUUGCGCAGAGCAAAGGACCUGCGCACGAGUCUGGCUAUGCAUUCGAUGCAGAGCUUAAGAUGUACAGGGCCAUGAGAACAUCUGCAGCGAAACGCUAUGAUGCGGCUUCCUUGUCCGAGAUGGGCCCAGGCAGCCGGAUGGACAUGAACUACUUCACUCCAGACGGCAUGAAGUACCUGAUGCUGCCGCCGCGCCAAUUGCCCAGGGAGAAAGAUGAGGAGCAGAAGGCCAUCUUGGAUACCGAGGCGGAGGUCCGGCUGGUCCACUCUGCUGACGCCUUUGAGGCUGCUCAGCGCAUCCACAUACUUUGGGUGCAAAGGCCAAGACGUGCCGGCCGAUGGAUUUCGAACAUGGACGAGAUCAGCAGCUGGCUUGAAGGAUGGCAGCAUCCCCACCUCAACCUGAAGCUCAUAGCACUGGUGGCUCACUUCGAGCGCCUCCACCCGGCUGUGCAGUGGCACUUGGCAAGACAGGCCGACAUCCUGGUCGGCGUCUCUGGGGCAGCCAUGGCUUGGGGGACCUUCAUGCAUCGAGAUGCCGUGAUAUUGGAUCUCUUCCCGCCGGGCUCGAAGUUCUGCACGGAAGGCUGGGGGGGCAACACCAUCAGCCACUAUGGCGGUUUUGCCCGGCUCUCCGGCAUGCAAUAUACGUGCAUGGAGCAUCCAGCAGCCCUGCAGGGGUCCGAAACUCCGACCAGCCACCAGGAGCAUUUGUACCUGGCAGACAAGGAGGUGAAGGAAAAGCUUGGGGGCUACUGGCACAACCAGAAUGUGCUGGUGGACAUGCCGAAGUUCCAGAGAUAUUUUCUGGAGGCUGUAGAGAAGGUCCUUCCGUCACUUCCGAGGCGGAAGCCGCCAUAGUCCUUUCAGAGCCGAGAACUUGGCUUCCAAAGCCGCUCCCGGCUCCUUUGUUUUAAAAGUUGGUUUAGUGGUGGUUUCCGGAUUUAAGCCACUAAAAGUGAGUGACUUUUCGCAGGGGAUCUGAGGGAAGUAAAGAGAUGAGGAUCUUCCGCCGCAAGACUCUGUCGCAUGCUACAGGGUUCGGAGAAGCCUUCGCGCGAUCUCGAGCAAAGUUCAGCGCGACUGCUGUGACAGAAA